AUGGCUCUGUGCGCCAAGCAAGCUAAUCGCUUCUCCACCAAACUCAGAACCAGAGCGAUCAAGACCGGCCAGAGCCACCACGGCCACCGGAAUCUUGAAGAAGGAUACGGCGGCGAUAAAACUCCGAGUAGAAUCUUUUCGCCGAAAUCGCCGCUGGUUAAGCCGAAGCAGCUGUUCACGCAGAUAAGUAACAAGGCGAUCAUGCUUGUGCAUAAGAAAAGAGGCGGGAAUUGUGUUGAUGUGGUGGCGCCGGAUGAGUUCGGCGACGGCGGAGUGUGGCAGAAGGCGAUAUUGAUGGGGGAUAAAUGUCAGCCGUUGGAUUUCUCCGGUGUGAUUUAUUAUGAUAGUGUUGGAAAGCAGCUUGAUGAGCUGCCUAAUAGAUCUCCUCGUGCUAGUCCUUCGCCUGGGUAUUUAACUCGUGCGGAUUAA